CCCAUCGCGGUCCAACAAGCGCGCCGAGCUGCGGAGAAGCAGCUGAAACCGGUUUGGAUCGGGCGAGAGGCGCAGGGAAACAGCGGCGGCGGCGGAGCCGGAGCCGGGAAACCCGGACGAAGAGCGUGUCCACACUCAAGGUGCCACGCCGAGCCCGAGAACCAGACCCCAGCCCAGGAUCAGGGAGGCAGCAAUUCAUCCCGGGGUCAUCGAGGGAUCCCUCCAGGACCAGGGACCUGAUUCCAUCUGAGAUCCAGGGAUCUAAUGCUGACUUAACAACCGAAUCCAGCUCAGGACCGGGAAGCCCAAAUAAUCAGAGCUGAAGACGUUAAUCCAGGAUCGAAUCCUGAGGAAGAAAGAAAACAUGGAGGUUUUUCUGUGUCACCCCGUGCUGAAGGCCUUCAUGUGCGGAUCUCUGAGUGGGACCUGUUCGACGCUGCUCUUCCAGCCCCUGGACCUUGUGAAGACUCGCCUGCAAACUGUGCAAGGUUCAGUGAGUGGGUCUGGGCGUGUUGGAAUGAUCACCAUUUUACUGAAUGUUAUUCGUACUGAGCGAAUUAUUGGAUUGUGGAAAGGAGUGUCUCCGUCAUUUGUCCGAUGCAUUCCCGGUGUGGGGAUUUACUUCAGCACACUCUACUCCACGAAGCAGCACUUCUUCAGCGAGAGGAGCCCAACGGCGCUGGAGUCGGUGGCUUUAGGUGCCAGCGCUCGCACUGUAGCGGGCAUCUGCAUGUUGCCCGUAACCGUGGUGAAGACUCGAUACGAGAGCGGGAAGUUUCGAUACGAAAGCGUGUUCAGUGCUUUGAGAAAUAUCUACAAGACUGAGGGUGCACGGGCGCUGUUUAGCGGACUGACAGCCACACUCCUCCGUGAUGCCCCCUUCUCCGGGAUUUACCUCAUGUUCUACACGCAGACCAAGAAAGCAGUGCCUGAAAACCGGUACGAGACGCCGAUUGUCCCUCUGAUCAACUUCAGCUGUGGCAUCUUCGCAGGCAUUUUGGCUUCUUUGGUGACACAGCCAGCAGACGUCAUAAAGACACACAUGCAGCUGUCUCCCGAGAAGUAUCGGCGAGUUAAACACACCAUCGUUUUCAUCUUUGAGAACCAUGGUGUUGUGGGAUUUUUCCGAGGAGCCGUCCCUCGUUCAUUGCGGCGCUCACUCAUGGCUGCCAUGGCUUGGACAGUGUAUGAACAGAUGAUGACCAAGUUGGGCCUCAAGUCAUGAAAAGCCGGACAGUUAAAGGAAGAACCUUUGGAUAACGGAGAGAAGAGACAAUGUCACUGGAGUUUUGUGUGCUGAGACUUCAAUAGGCUUGAAGCCUUUGAGUGUGAACAGUGAUACUUUUUCUUUGGUUUAAAAAAAACUGGCUUCAUAGCAGGGUGAAGUUUACACCGUUUCAACCAAGCCAGAGAAUUCCUAGUAGUCAUGCAGACAUCCACAGUAACCUCGAGCCCUGUGCUGUUCCACUGAGGUUAUGUAACAGCCAGAAGUCCCCGUUUGUAACUCUGGAACCUGCCUGACCUUUUCCCAAUUGACCUUGGGACAGUGGAGAUUAAGCAGCAAAAGAAGGUUAUUAAAAUACUGCAGUCAAUACCAUUUGACGGAAACCGUGCGUCACUCCUAUUGAUUGUGACCAAGCCCAGUUAACGGACAGAACAGAGGAGUAUUUGUCCUUGUGUGAGAUAAGAAUGCAGAGAUCACUGUGCCAAUUGAUCUAUUUAAAUUUUCACUUUUCCUGCAUUAAAGAAUCAUGCUUUAUUAAAGAGUACAUGUGUAUGAAUGCAGCGUCCUCUGACAUGCCCAGUCAUUCACAUCAGGAAUCCACAGUGUUAGGUGAAUUAACUAGUGUUAGGCUGCUAUUGCCUGCUGAUCCCUGAAUGGAGACAUGGAGAAAAAUGCACCUGUUUCCUGCCAGUUAACGUUUUCUGAUCCUGUCCUCUACUUAUACAAGUGUGUUGGUUGUAGGAUUGUCUGUACGGAUAUCAGGCUCUCUAAUGAAGAGCAGAUGUUUGGGACGAGAAGAUACUUGGUCACUCAAGGAUGAGGCUGUAUCAUCAAUGACUGCUGAGGGGUAUGGAAGAUGUAGUUGUGGUAGAGGUUGGAUGGGUUAGUCUCUCGUACAUUGUACCACUAUUUUAGCAUGGUGAGCACAGGAGGCCACAUUCAUCAUUUUUAUUGUGGCAGACGGUCUGAUGCACAGAGGUUCAUCCCUCUGAUUCAAGGGCAGUUACUCUCUAUCCUUCCUCCUCCCCACUUCCAAAGUACUUAACCAGAGGUCAGCAGCUCUCCCCACCCCAAAGGUUUUUUUGAAGAGUUCUAACUUUAGAUUCUUGUAAUUCACUCCACUCCUGCCCCAAAGCUUGGUCUUCAAUGAAUAGCCUGCUUUCUGAACCUACAAUUUCAUUUUCUUUGCUAACACUCCUUCACCUAACACUUGCCCAGAAGAUUCCCACGCAGGUUUCUUGUCCCUGGGCCGGGACAACACAGAGAAUCAUGUUGCUUCAGUCAGACUUGGGCUGAGAGUGACAAGCGGUGGAAAACACCAAGCAGAGACCAUAGACAGCAGAGUUCAGAUGGAGAAGAUUCAGUUUUUAUCUUUGCAAAUGGUGUGUUCUUAUUUCAUAAUAAUUAAUCUGAAUGGCAUGGUGCUGAAUUAUGAAUUCCACUACUGUUGUGCUGACUGGGAAGAGGGAAGUGGAAUUAUAAUUGUUGCUGUGUGAGACAUUUUAACUGUAGUUAAUAGACUUUGGAGUAUUAUAGUGUUCCAGUGUGAUGCAGAAUGAAAGGUUCUUUUGAUUGGAAUCUGCUUCAUCUGGUUUGGCGCCAGUGCUGGAGUGGUAGCCGACACAGAGAUGGAGUGCCAACAGUGAGGGGGAGAGCAGUACUAGUGAGGGGAGGGGGUGAACUGGGGUGGGGUGGCAAAAAAGAUAUUGCCUGUGAGGUAUUCUAUAGGUGAGCGUAGGAGUAGCAUAAUUGACAAUAAUAUGGCAUCACUGAGGAGACUGAGUUGCUCUUCAACGUAGUCCAGUUUUGACCUUUUAGAGGUGUGACCUUCCUGCCGUGUGUCAUAUCUCAUGAACCUGUCUACUCCAAUCCACGAACAUCCAAGCAGCCCCCAGCUGAUGCAUGCCUUGUGUUCCUUAUACUCGGGGUAAAGCGAUGAGUCUGGUAGAUGGGAGUGGGCUGCUUUUGGUACUGUUGCAGGUUAGGAACACCAAAACUUUGUACUAAACUUUUAUUUCAAUGCUGCCUCUGGGCUCCAAAAUGGUCCUGCAAGUCAAAAGCUUCACAAUGGGAUGAUGUAAUGGUUUUAGCACCUCUUAAAUCCUUGUUAAGUAAUACUAAUGUAGUGAGUCCCAUUAAACCAACCCUAGGUAUUUUGUUAUCCUGCACUGUGAAUAUUUGGUUUAUUCUUGGAUGGUUGUUGAACUUGAUUCCAAUCACCAACCCCAGCCUUCCCAAGCUCACCUGGUCAACUAUCAGUGAAGUGAGCCUGAUGCCAUGGGAGCUGCAUGACUGAGCCUUCUGGACCUCUGUGAGGCUGCUGAGGACAUUAAUGCACCCAAACUAAUCCUGAUCAGUACUGUCACUCAACAAACACAUCUGUAACUCAUGUCGUUUUAAAGAUUGUUGAUUCUAAUGUUCAACAUGUCUCGUCGUAAUGUUGAAUAAAAACAAAAUGUGCAAUAAUUGUCUUUGGGAUAAUAAAUGUGACAAAAGCAAAGGACUGCAGCUGUUGAAAAUCAGAAAUAAAACUAUAAAAUGCUGAAAAUAUCGGAUACAUUUUUG